AUGGCAAAGGAUACAAAGUUCAAAGCUAUGGUUGAUAGGAUUAGUGAAUUACCAGAUGAGUUACUGACUCGCAUACUCUCUUUUCUUCCUCCUAUAUUUGCUCACACCACCAGUGUUCUUUCCAAGAGGUGGAAACCACUAUGCAAAUUCAUGGUAGUUCUCCAUUUUGAUGAUAAAUUAGUUAAAGGCGAAGAGGAAUUCCAAUGCUUCCGUCGCUGUGUUGACAAAGUCAUGCUAUCCCCAGACAUGAAUAACCAACCUAUUAGAGCCUUUCACCUUAACUGUUGCCAUCCUGAAUUAUUACUUUUCAACCAUGAUCAAUGGAUUGAAGCUGCAAAACUGCGUGGCGUCGAGGACCUCCAACUCUCCUUGUUUCAUUUCUAUACUGCUUUCGAAAUUUAUAUGUCGCACUCCAAUUCCUUGGUGGAUGAUUUUAUCUCCGUAGCACCCAACAACAUUUUUAGUUGCCGAACCCUUGUGAUUCUCAAACUCGAGAGGUUAUGUAUGGCGGGAAAUAUUUUGUCGGUUGAUCUUCCCUCGCUUAAAACCCUUCAUUUGAAAAGUGUUUAUUUACAAAAUUCAGACGAUCUCAAGAAGUUGAUAUCUAAAUCAUUGGUUCUUGAAGAUUUGUAUAUUAUGGUUGGCUAUAAAGAAAGUGCAAGUAUCCCACUCACACGAGUGGGUAACGGUCCGUAUCAUGUUUUUUUUAAAGCAAUACAUUAUAAUGUCCAGUUUCUACAGUUAGAGGUGAGGCUUCCCAAUGAAAACAUCAUUUCCUAUUUCAAAGGCUCUCCCAUUUUUCAAAACUUGAUCCACCUUAAGUUAAUGUUUGUUCACUUCUAUGGCUGGAAUGACUUAAUGGAUGUGCUCCAGAAUUGUCCUAACCUUGAAAUUCUUUUAAUUGAUGAGAUUUUCCCCAAAUACGCCCAAAACGGGUUUCACGAAUGUUCGUGGGCAUUGAGUAUCAGCAGCACAUCAUUGACAAACUGGAAAUGUCCAAAUUCUGUUCCUGAAUGCAUUUCAUCUCACCUCAGAUCUUGCACCAUAAGCUAUGAUGGUAUGCCAGAUUCACUUCGAUUUGCAAAAUAUAUUUUACAGAAUGCUCGAUGUUUACAAGUCAUGACAGUCAAAAGUAAAAAGUCAACCGAUUCAGUUUACCAUCGGGAAAAAUUAGAUAAACUAAACUUUUGUCCAACGAUUUCACCCUUUUGUAAACUAUCGGUAGGAUUGUUCUAGUUUUCCAGAUAUGUGUGGUUUACAAGCAAUCGACAAUGCCUAAGAAUAGUGUUGAUAUUUAAGUUGCUUGGUGCUGAAGUUAUCUUGAUGCCCAUGUUUAGUUUAU